AUCUUUGUCUCUCUCCAUUUAAACCAAGUAAAAAGCUCUGCAACUCUCUCUCUCUCUCUCUCUCUAGAACGGGGAAAGAGAAACACUUUCUUCCAUUGGUUACUGGUAACCGUUGGUUGUUUUUGACUUGUGACCGCCAAGCUCAAGUCGCAGUGGACUGUGUUGCGAACGCCGUUUGUUAAAUCACUCUCGAUUGAUUCCAAGUUGUGACUCUCAGUCUGCGACCGGCGAGAAUGUUGGAGAAAAUGGUGGAAGCAUUCGAUGGGGAGAAGGUGAUUGAGCAAUUCGAGGAAAUGACUAGAGAUGCUGAAAGAGUUCAGAAGGAGACUCUUAAGAAGAUUUUAGAGGAAAAUGGUUCGGCUGAAUACUUGCAGAACUUGGGAUUAAAUGGAAGAACUGAUCCUCAGAGCUUCAAGGACUGUGUCCCGCUUGUUUAUCAUGAAGAUUUGGAGUCAUAUAUUCAGAGAAUUGCAGAUGGCGCUUCUUCCCCUAUUCUCACUGGAAAACCAAUCAAAACCAUUUCCUUGAGCUCUGGUACUACUCAGGGGAGGCCCAAGUUAAUUCCCUUCAAUGAUGAAUUGUUGGAGACGACAAUGCAAAUUUAUCGCACUUCUUUUGCCUUUAGAAACAAGUAAUGAAACUGUCUUUUCUGUUCUAGAAUCUCUU